CCUCCUCCCAAACCAGGGGCGCCUCCCCGAGGAAGCCUGGCUGGACUCCCCGGCUCCCGGCGUGCUGCCGUCGCCGUUUGCGGAGCGGCGGCCUGGCGCGGGCGCGGCGCCGGUGGCGCUGGCGGAAGCGCUGCCGACACCCCCACGCGGUGAGCUGGUGGCUGCUUCUGGAGCGCCGGGCAGCGGCUGCCGCUUGGUCGAGCAGUUCUCCAUCUGCAGCCCGCCGGCCGCUGCAGCCGGCCUGCGCGGUGCCCCCGGCACGCUGAGCACGGCUGCUGCCAGCAUGGUUCCCAUGGGCGGCGGCGCGGCGGCGGAGGAGGCGGCGGCGGCCCAGAGCCUCGGCAGCCCAGGGGGCUCGGAGCCGCCUCCGGACCUGGACCAGGCGUGCAGGCUUCUGCAGGACGAGUUCAACGGAGCCUUGGAGUUUUUCCGAGACAGGGCGUCGGACGCCGAAGCCUGCGCCCAGGAGGCGGAGGAUCGCUGCAGAGACCUGGAGGUCGCAGUCGAAGGUCUGCGGCGCCAGCUGUCGGAGGCCGAAGCCCGCGCUGUGGAUGCGGAGGCCCGCUGCAGGCACCAGGAGGCCAUGGUCCAGGCUCUGCGAGACCACGCGUCGGCGGAGGCCGAGGUCCGCGCCGAGCGGGCACGGGAGGAGCUGCAGCGCGAGCGCGCGGGCCGGGCGGAGCUCCGGGCCUCGCCGCGCGAGGAGGAGCCGGCCUGCGCGAGGGCGGCGGCCGCGCGCUCGGC